AUGGCUGCCGUAAGUGCCAUUAUUCCCGCCAACAGAGUUGGCCGGAGGACAUUUACAACGCAUUAUGCAGUCGACCAACUCAUCACCAUUAUCCCAACAUUUGUUUCCCGUCUCCAGCACACCCACUUCCGUCGCCGGCUCUAUUGUAGUGCCAGGUCUAGGUCAGCAAUUAUGAACACCGGUUCUGCCCCCGCCGCCUCGACAAUGGUUGCGGUCAGGCAAGGCCCAGAACAAAGCACGAGACUGGUGGCGCUGGAGUAUGCCGACCUUAAUCUCACUGACAAAUUUCCAGAGGAGUUGGGCCAUCUUCGAAUUCGUCAGCAUGUCAACCCGCUACGCUCAACUCUCAUGGUUCCCGCUAAAGUGCCUAAUUGGAAUGAGGUAUACGAGGAUGCUACAUUGCCUCUGAUGGUGGAUAUUGGGUCUGGUACUGGCAGAUUUCUAAUGUGGCUUGCGAAGAAAAAUCCCAAUGCGAAGAACUACUUGGGAUUGGAAAUAAAACGGAAAUUGGUUGACCGAGCUAAUUAUUGGGUUAAUGAACUGGCUCUCAGGAAUAUACAUUUCAUUUCUGCAAAUGCUUCCGUGUCAUUCAAACAACUUGUAUCCGCAUACCCUGGGCCUUUAAUGUUGGUCUCAAUCUUGUGUCCAGAUCCACAUUUUAAGAGGAAGUAUCGUAAAAGGAGAGUUGUACAGGAGGCUCUGGUUGAAUCAAUUGUUGAUAGUUUAAUGCCAGGAGGACAUGUUUUCAUACAGUCUGAUGUACUGGAUGUGGCUAUGGACAUGAGGGAUCAUUUUGAUGCAAAACUAAAGAAGCUCAUACACAUCGACAAUGUUGACUCCACCAUGGAAAUUGAUGGUGAUGGAUGGUUGUUAAGUAAUCCAAUGGGUAUAAGAACAGAAAGAGAGAUUCAUGCGGAAUUUGAAGGUGCCAGAAUAUAUCGAAGAAUGUAUCAGAAACUAAUGUAG